AUGGCCUCAAGCAGUCACCAAGGUGUUGGUAUGAGAGGUUUCAUGAAACGACAUCCUGCUGGUCGGGAGUUCAAAAGAAGAGUUAAGAGGUUCAAAAUGGAAGGUGCUAAACCAGUUGGCAAUCAACUUACACCUCAUUUCAAGCUUUCAGCUACAAACAAUCUAAAAAACUCAGAUGAAGAUCACAUAAACCAUAUAAAGGAAGCAAAGGUCUUAUAUAGACAGAAUGAGCCAUCCAAUGAUGAAGUGUAUGGUUAUGUUGAUGUAGAUUAUGCAAGGGAUUUGGAUAGAAGGCUCUCACUAUCAGGCUAUGGUUUCCUAUGGGGAAACAAUUUAAAAAGUUGGAAGGCUAGUUUGCAGUCUGUUCUAGCCCUUUUCACAACAGAGGCUGAGCUUAUAACACUAUCUGAGGCUGUAAAAGAAGGUUUGUGGCUGAAUGGUUUACUAAACAAUUUCAACAUUACACAAAUAAAGAAGAUUAAGAAAGGGGAAGUCGAGGAAAUAAAGAUACAUACCUCAGAUAAUGCUGCUGAUAUGCUAACCAAAACAGUUCCACUAAGCAAGCUUGCUCAAUGCUUGGAACUCCUCAAGUUCGAGUUACCUGAAAAAGGUUAG